GAUGUGUGUACGACCUUUUGCGUUCUUACUGCUUGUAUCUCGGAACGGAUCACGGAUGUCAACGUGGAGGAAGGUGUAUGGUGGCCUGAGCUCAGUGCGGAGGUGGAGCGGAGAAAUGCGGGAUUGCGGGGUGUCCCCCAAGUCCCACAGCUCGCGGGAAAUGGACUGUCGAGUGAUUGAUCGAUAGAUAAUUUGCGAAGAGGUCAGCGGAAGGGGGAAAUUGUGCUGGAAGUCACACCAGCAACCCCGGUUCACCAGCUUCUCAGCUCAUUUUACCCUGGAACCUCGACACGAUGGCAUCACCCAACGGGACAGGUUAUCUCCUCCCAUCCGGGGCCCAGGGCCUCGCCAACUACCCUCACGCCCGAACCAUUCCCAGCACGGCCAAGGCGAUAUUUGUGUCGGGAAUCUCCAGUCGCCGACCUGACGGCACAUUUGAAGGUUGUGAGACGAGGCCUGACGGCUCUUACGAACUUGAUUGCGGCGCACAGUCAGCGGCUGUGCUGCGGAACAUUGAGACGGUCAUCCGAGGUGCUACCGACGGCAAAUGCGGCCUAGAGAGCGUCGUUGACGCGACGGUAUUCCUGGUGGACAUACCGCGCGAUUAUGGGGCCAUGAACGCCGAGUGGAAUAAGAUCUGGCCAGAUCGCACCAAGGCCCCAGCGCGGACGUGUGUGCAGGUUGCGGGGUUGCCGAACGCGAAGAUCCUUGUCGAGAUCAAGUGUCAGGCAGUCGUGUCGGAUUGACGAAGGCAACGGACGGCUAGACGGCUCUCGGUUGGCAAGUUGUCUUGGGAGGCUGCCUAGCUAGCUUCAGGAGGAAGUGUGAGCCGGUCCAGCCGGAAACAUCGGAACCUUGGAACCUGGGAACCUCGAAGUCUGCUUGGUGGAGAGCGAGAAAGGGGCUGAU